ACACUCUGCAGAGAAGGAAAGAAUCACAUCAACAGCACUCGAGAAUAUGUAUAUAUACACACACACAGACACACAAGUAUAGUAAAAAAGGUCUUUGCAGAGGGCUCCAGCUGCCUCCUUACUCGCUUGGGCUUCCUUAAUUUCUUAGUUCAUAAGGUUUGACUGUGUGAGCUACAGUGAGUCGUUAUAUUGACCCAUUCUCUGCUCUUGGACAUUUAAGCUUCAGGAGAGCUCCUGAAAGAUGAGAAUUCUGCAGGGAGAUAGAUUUGAGUGGCAAAGGACGUGUUAAGGCAUGGAAUGCUUUUUGUCUCUUUUGAAGGAGAUCAUCUUGGUUUCUUCCUGUUGUUGUUCCCCGGAAGAAGAAAGGGGAUACUAAUUAUGCGAGAUUGAUUUCCUGCUCGAAGUUUGCUUCACUGUGGGCAAUCGGGCUGAAGUUUGAGAGGUUUGUGUAGGUUUUAAAACACUAGAAUGGGAUUGCCAAUGAUGUGCCAAUUUACGAUGCUUGUGUUUUCCUUGGCCUCAAUGUUAAGAUGUGAAGCAGCAGUUCCAGCCACUUCUUUCAGCAAUAAGGAGGCAGUUGGGCUUUCUGUCACUGAGACAGAAAGAGUUUUGAUCGAAGACGGGAACAAUGCAGAAGUUGUAGGAGGAUUAUCAGCAAGGACACAGAGAGUUGAUCCUUUGAAUGGCUUCAAAAAGUACAUGGGUGGCUACAGCAUCACAAGCAAGCAUUACUGGAGUUCUACAAUUUAUACAGGAAGAUAUGGGUACAUAAUUGGCACAAUAUGGCUUCUCAGUGGUUUUUUGUAUGCUUGCAUUCUUGUGGCACGAAGGACUAGUUUGCUCAAGAUGGAAAGGAAGCAAAAGAAAGAACUCCCUUGUUCUAAGAGACACCAUGUCUGGGCAAUGGUGCUUGGGAUCAUAUUGGCAUGCCUCGCCAUAGUAGCAUCUGGUAUUGUGCUUGGUGGAAGCUCUAAGUUUCAUUCAAGAGUGCGAUCAAUCAAGAACAUCAUCGUAAAAACAUCACAAGAGGCUUCACAAACCAUAAACAAUGUGACAAAAGCUAUAGGCGACAUGGAAAGUGUUGCAGCACAAUAUCAAUAUGGCAUCCUUGAAGGAUCCAGCUAUUUGAAUUCCAGGUCUCAAAUUCUUAAUGACGAAGCUGCAAACAUGCAGCAAAAGGCUGAGAAGAGCAUGCACCUGGUCGAUAGGGCAAUUGGCAUAUUGAAAAUGAUGACCAUCUUCAUCAUUGUGCCAAAUCUUAUAGUUCUUCUUGCAGUUGUUGUCUUGAGGCCUCUGAGACUAAGACUUAGCCGGACUUUUUCUCUGUCUAUCAUCUUUUGCUGGCUACUUACAUUUGCCUUGUGGGUAUUCUUUGGAAUAUAUUUCUUCCUAUCUAAAUUCUCUGCUGAUACCUGUGCAGCAAUUGAGGAAUAUCAACAAAAUCCUCAAAAUAGCACCUUAAGCUCAAUCCUACAAUGCAGUGAGCAACUGUCAGCUAAUAUUUUUCUACAUGAUAUCCGACAAGGAAUCCAUGAUACCAUUGACCAGGUAAAUGCAAACAUAUCAACAGCGAAAUCACUGUCUCUUCCAGAUCUGGAGUAUGUUUGCAACCCCUUUACUGGACCACCAGAGUAUUCUUACCAACCAGGAAACUGUUCUUCCAACACAAUCAAAAUAGGAGAUAUUCCUGAGAUUUUGAAGAAAUAUACGUGCUGGGAUGAUGGUGGUGGUGGCUCUUGCAGCCAUGGAGAAUUUUUAUCACCAGCCGAGUACACAAGAGUGCAAGUCUACACGAGCUCCAUGCAGAAUAUACUUGAUGGAUUUCCUCGCAUGGAGAGACUCGCUAAUUGUCGGUUGGUUGGCGAUGCGUUCUCCAAGAUCCUUGUUGAAGAAUGCAAACCAUUGAAGUAUUAUGUUCGCUUGACAUGGACUGCAAUGACGGUUCUUUCAGCAAUCAUGGUAGCUCUUGUUUUGAUUUUGAUUUCUGAACCUGUUUACCAAGAUGGAUCGCAUUCUUCUGAUAUCUCGGUCAGGCCUCAACCAACUUCUACAGUCAUAUAGACGCACAAAUAACUUCUAGAAAAGUUGGAGGUAGAUUAGAAACAUAGAAAUACAAUUCGAAGUUCAAAAAGACGUUCAAAAUUCAACAACAUAUGACAAAUCAUAAUAGAAGUCCAUAGUGAUGAAAGAUUUUCAAGCAUUGAUGCCCUUGCAGUCCAAGAUGUUUUUUUUUAACUUGUUUUUCUCUUUUAAUAUGAUAUACUGUAAAACUUUGCAUCUGGAAAGUGUAAAUAAAAACUUCAAACUUUGGAAGAGAAUAAUAGAAC